CCGAGGCGCAAGGGCGCUCUGGAUUUCCGGCGGCCUCGCCUUCUCUACGGCCCUGGCGGCGUUCUAGGCGUCCGGAGGAGUCUCCAUGGCCUUUGGAGCCUGUCCAGUUUCUGCCCCAGGCCUGGGCCAACGCCAUGUCUGAACGGGAAGAACGGCGCUUUGUGGAAAUCCCGCGAGAGUCGAUCCGGCUGAUGGCUGAAAGUGCGGGUGUGGAGCUGACCGAUGAGGUGGCCGCUCUGCUGGCUGAAGACGUCUGCUAUCGUCUGCGAGAAGCAACCCAGAACAGUUCCCAGUUCAUGAAACACACCAAACGGCGGAAGCUGAUGGUGGAAGAUUUCAACCGGGCUCUCCGAUGGAGCAACGUGGAAGUGGUGUGUGGCCAUGGCUCAGCGGACCCCCUUCCCUUCCGAGCCAUUAAGGAAGGAGAACUCUUCUUCCAGGAAGACCGCGAAGUCAACCUGGUGGAGCUGGCGCUGGCCACCAGCAUCCCCAAGGGCUGUGCGGAGACGGCCGUGAGAGUUCACGUCUCUUACCUGGACGGGAAAGGCAACCUUGAGGCUCAAGGCUCAGUGCCCAGUGCCGUCUCCGUGCUGACAGACGACCUGUUGAAGUACUACCAGCAUGUGACUCGAGCCGUACUGGGCGAUGACCCUCAGCUGAUGAAGGUUGCUCUCCAGGAUUUACAGACCAAUUCAAAGAUUGCAGCUCUCCUCCCUUACUUCGUCUACAUCGUGAGUGGGGUCAAGUCGGUGAGCCACGACCUGGAGCAGCUCAACCGCCUUCUGCAUAUGGCCAAGAGCCUCAUCCAGAACCCCUACUUGUGCCUGGGGUCUUACGUCAAAAGCCUCAUUGCCAGCGUCAUGUACUGUGUCCUGGAGCCUUUGGCAGCCUCCAUCAACCCCCUGAACGACCACUGGACCCUGCGCGACUAUGCAGCCCUCCUCCUGGGCCAGAUCUUCCGGACCCACGGGGAUCUGGUGAGCAGCUUGUAUCAUCAGAUCCUCCUCACUCUCCAGAAGGUGCUGGCUGACCCCGUCCGCCCCCUCUGCUCACACUAUGGGGCCGUGGUGGGGCUGCAUGCCUUGGGGUGGGAGGCGGUGCAGCGGGUCCUCUAUCCCCACCUCUCCACCUACUGGUCCAACCUGCAGGUGGUGCUGGACGAUUAUUCGGUGUCCAACGCUCAGGUCAAGGCUGAUGGACACAAGGUCUACGGGGCCAUCCUGGUGGCCGUCGAGCGACUCCUCAAGAUGAAAGCCCAGUCGCUCUCGGUGCCCGUCCAGGCGGAGGGUCCCGAGGGGCGCCCGCGGGACGGGGCGCCUUGGCUCAGCCCCCUCCAGGACCCCCAGGUGGAGUUUGGCUUUGGCAUCGCCAGCCACUUGCUGCAGCUGGGCAGCGGGGGCCCCCAGGCCGGGGUGGGCAUCCCCGCCAGCCCCCCGGCCAUCUCGCUCAACGAGAUUUACCAGGAGCUCUACUACUUCUUUGGGGACAGCCUGGCCACCCGCUUUGGCACCGGCUCGGGGCUGUGCCCGGCCGGGCCGAUGCCGGCCAGCCCGCCCAAGACCGCCGACACCAAGAAGGAGCAGCCAGCCUUUGGCACCGGGGAGGCCGUGCGCAAGAUGCCCCAGCUGACCGCCAGCGCCACUGUCAGUCCUCGGGAGGAGGAGAGCCCCCGUGCGGACUUUUCGGCCGGUCGGCCGGCCUUGCACCGUUCAGCCAGCCUGGCUCGUUCCCGCAGCGCCCUGCGCCAGCAGAGCCAUCGGCCUGUCGCCCGGGACGUCUUCCAGAAGUGCCGGUUUUCCCUGCAGGGGGCGCCCCACUUCAGUUUCGUGAUCGCGGGGCGCCAGGUGGACCGCCGGUGCCAAGGGCGGCUCUUCCAGACCUGUUUCCUGCAGCACCACGGACCCACCCAUGUUUCGCGCUACGCCCAGAAGCUGCCCAUGAUUGGCCGGACCAGCAAGCCUGUCAAAAAGUGGGGCCACUCUGACUAUUCCCUCUACUUACCUCUCUGAGCAAUGGGUCUUUUCUCAGUGGGAAAAUCCAAUCAUUUGGGACCGCCUGGUGCCCCACAUCAGAAAUCUUUUCCCAACUGUCCUGGGGCCACUUCCAUCCAGGAGUUGGAGCAAGCCAGCUCUUUUGAAUUCCCCAGCCAAGGGCUUUUCUGUACUUCUCUCAAUUUUGUAAUAAAAUGGAACAGUAAGAUUGGCACGCAACCCUCCCCCCAAACCCCUAACUCUGCUUUGAGCAGAAGCCCAACCUGCAAAAGAGGGAGAGGCAGGAUUUUUGUUGGAGGUGUGGGUCACUCUUUGAAUUUCUGUGGGCAGAAAGAGAGAAAGCAGAAGAAUUGGCUUUGGGUGUUUUUUUAAAGGGACAGAAAAUAUGUGUGUUUUGCUAAUGGAAACAUUUAGCUAAGCUGAACCGACUUGAAAAACUUGAAGACAGACCCAGUUGAAGUAGGGGGGCUCUCUGCUGAUUUUAACCCCCCCCCUUAAAAAAAACCUGAUUCAAAACAGCACCAGUUUUGCUUUUUCCUUUCUGCUCAGAGAUAAAAAAAAAAUAUUUCCUGAAUUUAUGCUUGGAUUUCAGCCUCUAACAUUGGAGGAAGAGUUGAACAUUGUCUGAAAUAAUGAUUCUGAAAAUUGUGUGUUUUUUUUGGGGGGGGGCAGGAAGGAGCAGUGGAUGAGCCAAGGCCAAUCCUUGAUCUGUUUGGAAAAUACAAUAAAAAUAAACAGUAGAAAUCAUUUGAAA